GGCAAGUGAGAGGCACUCCUCUGCAGGCCUGGCCUCGCCUCCAGCCCUCGGCCGGCCGCUGUGCCCAGUCACCUCCGCCUCGUCGGCCCAGCCGGGUUUCCCCCGCCCUCUCGGCGCCGGUGCUGGUCGCGACUGCGCGCGCAGAGCCUGAGCGGGCGCCGGCGGGAAGGGGAAGCGGCGGGGUAGGACCAGAUUAUGGGCAGCAGUCCUUUUAAUUAAUCUGUCAUCAUGGCUAAUGAGGACUGUCCCAAGGCUGGUGAUAGUCCAUUUUCAUCAGAUAAACAUGCCCAACUCAUCUUGGCCCAGAUCAAUAAAAUGAGGAAUGGAGAGCAUUUCUGUGAUGUACAGCUGCAAGUUGGGAAGGAAACUUUUAAAGUUCAUCGGCUGGUUUUGGCUGCCAGUAGUCCUUACUUUGCAGCUUUGUUCACUGGAGGAAUGAAAGAGUCCUCAAAAGAUGUUGUACAGAUUCUAGGAAUUGAAGCUGGAAUUUUUCAAAUACUUCUAGAUUUCAUUUAUACAGGUAUAGUGAACAUAGGUGUGAAUAAUGUCCAGGAGCUGAUUGUUGCAGCAGACAUGCUACAGUUGACUGAAGUUGUUAAUCUAUGCUGUGAAUUUCUGAAAGGACAAAUUGAUCCAUUGAACUGCAUUGGGCUCUUUCAGUUCUCUGAGCAAAUUGCCUGCCAUGAUCUUUUGGAAUUCACAGAAAACUACAUUCAUGUCCAUUUCUUGGAGGUUCACAGUGGGGAAGAGUUCCUGGCGCUUACAAAAGAUCAACUAAUCAAAAUUUUGCGAAGCGAAGAGCUCACUAUUGAGGAUGAAUAUCAGGUCUUCUUAGCUGCAAUGCAAUGGAUUCUGAAGGACCUGGGAAAAAGAAGAAAACAUGUGGUAGAAGUGCUAGAACCAGUUCGAUUCCCUUUAUUACCUCCUCAGAGGCUUUUAAAGUAUAUAGAAGGAGUAUCCGAUUUUAAUCUUCGUGUUGCAUUGCAAACACUUUUGAAAGAGUACUGUGAGGUGUGCAAAUCUCCCAAAGAGAACAAGUUUUGUAGUUUUCUGCAGACAUCUAGAGUUCGGCCUCGGAAGAAAGCAAGAAAGUACCUGUAUGCAGUAGGUGGAUAUACUCGGUUACAGGGGGGACGUUGGAGUGAUAGCAGAGCCCUCAGCUGUGUAGAACGUUUUGACACCUUUAGCCAGUACUGGACCACUGUGUCUUCACUUCAUCAGGCUCGAUGCGGGCUGGGAGUAGCAGUUCUGGGAGGGAUGGUUUAUGCUAUUGGAGGUGAAAAGGAUUCGAUGAUUUUUGACUGUACUGAAUGCUAUGAUCCAGUUACUAAACAGUGGACAACUGUAGCUUCAAUGAAUCACCCCCGCUGUGGCUUGGGAGUGUGUGUGUGUUAUGGGGCUAUCUAUGCUUUGGGUGGAUGGGUUGGAGCUGAGAUAGGGAACACCAUUGAACGAUUUGAUCCUGAUGAAAAUAAGUGGGAAGUAGUUGGCAACAUGGCUAUGUCACGCUACUACUUUGGGUGUUGUGAAAUGCAAGGUUUAAUUUAUGUAAUUGGGGGCAUCAGCAAUGAAGGAAUAGAGCUUCGUUCUUUUGAAGUAUAUGAUCCACUUUCUAAGCGUUGGUCUCCACUUCCUCCAAUGGGAACCAGGAGAGCAUAUCUUGGUGUGGCUGCACUCAAUGACUGUAUCUAUUCUGUUGGAGGGUGGAAUGAGACACAAGAUGCUCUUCAUACUGUAGAAAAAUAUUCCUUCGAAGAGGAAAAGUGGGUUGAAGUUGCCUCAAUGAAAGUGCCUAGAGCAGGCAUGUGUGUUGUGGCAGUCAAUGGACUUCUGUAUGUUUCUGGAGGUCGAUCUUCCAGCCAUGAUUUCUUGGCUCCAGGUACCUUGGACUCAGUUGAAGUUUAUAACCCUCAUUCAGAUACAUGGACAGAAAUUGGUAACAUGAUCACCAGUCGUUGUGAAGGAGGUGUUGCUGUACUAUGAAAUAUAAAGCCUAAGGGAGCACAAGAAACAUUUUUGAAAAUAUAGGAUCUGACUCUUUGCAAAUCACACAUGUCUUUGGUGAUAGGAUCCUCUGAUUCUAUUGACUUUUCCAUGUAUUUGGUAGAUAAAUGACUAAAGAAUGAUUUUUCUAAGAAUUUGUAUAGGGAGAGAUACGGAAUAUAUCCUAAAUUAAUAAAGAACUCACACAGAUUUGCCAAGCUUACCAAUAGGAAUGCUGUUUAUGCUCUAGAAUUCUCCUCUUAAGAGUAGAGUCCUAUUUGUAAAAAUGAUUUGCUAGAAGCUUCUUGGCAAAUAGCCCCAUUAGCUGCUUCUCCAGUGUCAGCCAAGCUGUAACAUGACCCUUAUGUGAUGUAAGAAUAUCAAUGAGACAGCUUAAAGAUGUCUGUACAUUCAUGAUUCAAUCUAUGGCACAAUUUUCCAUGGCCACGGUUGAACCUACAGAGAAAGCCAGUGAAACAACUCCCUACUUUUAUUUGUUGCCAGGAGUUUUCACUAGCCCCAAACUUUUUAUUGGCAGCAGAUACACUGGGAGGGACAUGUGGGAAAUAUCUAGCUGUCUCUAUAGAUGUUUAUAUAGAUAGAUAAGUUUUUGCCUGUUGAUAACAAGAUUAAAAAAGCUUUUGCUCUCUUACGUUUUUUGUCUUAAUGCUGAAAAUGCAAGCGAGGAAUUACUGGAGGUUCUUAGUGACAGUCCUGUAGUGCAAUUGGAUGAUACAAUGGAUGACAGAGCCCAGUGAGAGAUAGGUACCUCUUAAGUUUCUUUCCUGUUUUCUAAAUAGUUAUCAAAAAUAUCUGCUUGGCUUUGGGAAGAGGGAAUUUUAUUAGACUAUCAAGCUUUGUGAAGCUUACUUGUACUUGGGCAAUCCUAAGUAUGAACUUAGUACAAAGCCUACUGUCUGGUUUGGAGAAGGUGGAAUUGUAGGUACCUAUGAAGCUUUUUAUAGACAUUGACAAAAGCGUUAAGGUGAAAGGCCUCUGAUCCAAAACUGUGUCUCAAAACUUUUCAUUUUUCCCCCUGAGAAACAUUUUUUUUUAAAGAUUUUAUUUAUUUAUUUUACAGAGAGAGACAGAGAGAGAGGGAACCCAAGCAAGGGGAGUGGGAGAGGGAGAGGGAGAAGCACACUCCCCGCGGAGCAGGGAGCCCGAUGUGGGCCUCGAUCCCGGGACUCUGGGAUCAUGACCCGAGCCCAAGGCAGAUGCUCAAUGACUGAGCCACCCAGGUACCUCCCCUUGCCGAGAAACAUUCUAAAGAAUUGUUCUGUCUGGUUCUGAGAGGAACAUUCUUUGUGUACCUGAUCAUCACUUUUAGUUAUUUCUACCAGUCGCUUGGAGCCAUACAUAUAUUAAAGGUCUUACAUACAUUUAGGUUCAUCUAAUGAUUCCAGGAUUUGAUUAGUAUAUUCCUAAUUUCCCCUUUUCCUUUUUUUUUUUUUAACUUUAUUUUUAAACAAUCUCUACACCCAGUGUAGGGCUUGAAUCAACCCUGAGAUCAAGAGCCAGCAAGGCACCUGAUUUCUCCCUUUCUUUCUUAAAGUCCUUCAGUGUAUUAUUACAGUGUAUCAGCAGCUUAUUUAGAUAGAAAAUCUUCCUUGGGGGCGCCUGGUUGGCUCAGCUGGUUAAGCCACUGCCUUCGGCUCAGGUCAUGAUCCUGGAGUGCCAGGAUCGAGUCCCACAUCGGGUUCCCUGCUUAGCAGGGAGCCUGCUUCUCCCUCUGUCCCUCCCCACUCUUGUGCUCAAUCUCUCAUUCUCUCAAAUAAAUAAAAUCUUUAAAAAAAACUUUGUUGGUAAGCAUUAAAGACUCAGGUAGCCCUCAUAUCUAAAAUAUUUGGAUUGGCCCACAAGGAUACUUUGUUUCAUAACUUAACCAUAUGCAUGUAUUAAGAAAAGCUUAUAUAGUAUAGAUAGAAAGCUCUGUGUCUUCUUUGGGGUAUCCUAAAAGUCUUAAGGGUCAUAGGUGCCUGGUGAGAUUUAUAAUAUGUCAAGGAAUGACAUAAUUUGUAGAUUAUUUAAACUCCAUGUGCCUUUAGUAUUUCUCUACAGAGAAUCUGCAUUCUGGUUCAAAAGAGAUUUACAAAAUACUCCUAUAAUUUAAUUCUCAUAAUUGCCUGGUGCCAACCCGAAAUGGCACAUGAAGGGAGGCAUUUUGUACUGCUGUGGCAGAAACAUGUCAAGACAAUCUGUGUUUGGGCUUAAUGGAUCCAGACAAUCCCUGUAAAUAGAUAAUUAUAAAAAUGCAUAUUAUUGUAUUAUCUUCUAGGUAAUGACAUGGUCUUAAAAAUAAUGUACUAAUAAAGUGUGUUGAUUUUUGCUUUUUCUUGUAUUAGUCAUUAACUUAGUUUAUUAGCAGUGUUCCUAGAUUAUCCAACUGUAAUAGGAUUGCCCAAGUUUUUUUACUGUUUUGUUUUUCCUUUAGGGACCUGCACAUUUAGUUCUCACAUUUAAAUGUUUCCUGAGCAGCUAUUAAUGUGAUCUUCCUCCAAAAUAUUUGACAAUCUAAUAUCGUUCUAAACGUCCUGUCCAAUGUACUUAAAGGCAGAUGUACUUUAUUUUAUUAUUUUUUUAAGAUUUUAUUUAUUUAUUUGACACAGAGAGACACAGCAAGAGAGGG